AUGGACGACCAAGGGGAACCCCAACCAGGUGCCAGCGGCCUCACAACAGAAGAACUGCCGCAGAUGGACGGAUCAUGUGACGCUUGCGAGCCGGACGAGCCCCAGCCGGCCACACAAGUCUGCCACACAUGCAGCUUCGCCUUCUGCCCACUUCAUGCCGACAAUCACACCAGUCGCACAAAUCACCCUCUAAUGCCUUAUCACCAGGCAGAGGCACUGGCUCAUGAACUUGGCACGGACAGCGGCCUCGCAAAUGAUGCGGUCGAGAAGCGAGCUGUCAAUGAGGGCGUGGUGGUCGAAGCGGUAAAUGGGGCAGACCUGGAGGGAGCGGUGACCGACGGAGCGCCUUUGGCCGACGGGGCAGAAGGCGGCAGCGACGACGGAGAAGCAGCUGCCGAUCCAGGGAAUAAGAACACGGUGACGGUGGAGAGGCUGCGCUGUAAGAUACACGGCCAGGAGGGGUCGCUGUACUGUAAAACGGACGAGAAGAUUGUGUGCGUGGUUUGCGCCGUGCAGGGAGAGCACAAAGAGCACGAAAUCAUCACUCUUUAUGAGGGCUGGGUCUGGCAAAAGAGCAGAGAUGCCUAUGACCUUUUGGGUUACACACGGGAGAUGGGUGAGAAGAUCCAAGAGAAAUGGACAAACCCAGAGAUGUCCCCGAAGGAGCUGGAGGAGUUUGUGAACAAUGAGUUUGAAGAGCUGCGGCGCUUGGUGCGUCUGCAGGAGCGUAGGACGCUGCAUCUGGUCGACCUGAAAGAGGCCUUCCUCAUCGCCACGGCAGCCGAGAAGAUUGCAGAGAUCCACGUCCAGACAGAGCGGCUCCAGGAGGAGAUGGACAGUAUCACCCAGCAGCUGUGUCUCCUGGAGCAGGCUGAUGAGGACUCCAUCGGCCCUGCUCUCAUGAGACAGGCCGCGCUGGCAGAGGCCCGGCCAGUGCACAAACUACAGAAUGACGCAGAAGCAAUGCCACGGUAA